GCUGGCAGUCACUUUGGCCAUUCCACGCGUUCCUCCGUGAGUUUCGUCGCUUUCAGCAGUCUUCAGUGAACAACAGUCGACGGUGGAUGUGUGUAAUUUUGCUCUUGGUGCCGUGUGGUUGGAAUUCUCGAGUGUUACGGAAAUUUCUUCAGUAACUUCUUCACAUAUAUAGUAGUGAAUGCAGCCCUUUAAAAAUCAAUUGGCUUUUGAUUGGAUUGAAACAACAUCUUGUGGUUUGCAUUGUUGACGCAACAAGGGACCCUUGACUCAUUUUCACGUGUGUUGAGAUCAAUCACUUUAUUUUUCUGUGACUCUUUUAACCCAUCAAUCCUCACAACCUUUUGCGCGCUCUUACUUCGUGAUCUGUGUAUUGGGAAAGACAUUGGUGGAGGAAGAAGUGGCCGUAUUUGGAUGGAAUCAAUUUAUCUCUCUAAAAUAAAAGUGAAAUAACUUAAGUAGAUAUUGCCAAGAAAGUGACGAAUUGCUCCGAUCGAACACAUACAAAUUGGUAAUUGGUGCAAUUUUCGGCUGACCUCUGACUUGUGGGAAUUUAUCUUAGACUCCGUAAGCAUCUCAGUGCAACCAAGAGAGCUCUUGUGGAAGCAUCACGGUGCGCCCAGUCAUUGCAUCACCCGACAGACGGCAUUCUUGGCCUCUCUCACACUCUUGCACGAAAUAGCAAUCAGGAGCAGCGUGAGAGGACUAAACUCCGCGGGAGAUCUUCGAAAGUGGCAGUGAUUCAUUGAAAUUUAUACAUCCGAGAACAUACUACUGUGGGGCCACUCAUUCACACCAAAACUUUUCUGGAGAACUUGGCAGCAGGACAAUGCGGCAGUGUCUCUAGGGUGGGUGCGCUAUUGUUCAGAGGAUUCCAGGAAGCGAGGAAUACUAUAGUGCUUUAAUCAACUGCCAUACGAUGGAAACGGAGGAGGUGAUAAAGCUCGUCGAUGGCAUUUACAAGAACAUCCUCGAGAAAUUCAAUCCCGGUGCCAGACAAUUAAUCAGUGCUGGAAAGUCAUACCUCAAAGCACUCCAUGGAGCAGCAGCUGCCUCGAGAUUAUUCAACGAGGCUCUGGCCAAGAUAGCUGUGAAUGCUCAACAAGGUGGAACCACAGAUAUCGGUGCAGCCCUCAUGAAUAUCGUAGGUGUCUACAAGGAAAUUCAAGAUCAGCAGAUGAAUAUUCUGAAAGCAUUCUAUGUGGACCUACUGGUGCCGCUUGAGACAAAUCUCGAAAAGGACACAAAAGUGGUGCAAUUUGAACAGAAGAGAUUUAUGCAGCAGCACAAGGUGCGAGCUGAUAGCUAUAGCAAGGCUGCUGCUACGAUGAAGAAGCAGAGGAAGAAAAAACCCAGUCCACAGAAUGCCGACAAGGAGAUCAAAAGUAUCCAAGCGCUCGAGGAAGAAAAGAACAAACUUGAUGCUUUCUGCGAACAGAGCCUCAAGAACGCAAUGACUCAGGAGAGAAGACGCUACGGUUUUGUCUUGGAACGUCAAUGCUCCCUUGCUAAGCAUUGGAUGGCAUACCAUGGUGCAGGCAAGGGAGCCAUUGAGGGAGCACUAGAUAACUGGCAGGAUGUAUCGGCAACACGAGAAUUUCUACCCCCAAAUGUUGAAUCAAUGUUCACACGUCGAAUUAAGGAUUUCAGCGAGGAUGAAUCCGAUCGUCUUUCCAUCACUUCAGCUCUACGGAAGACACGCAGCAUCGAUGCUUCGUGCCUGGAUAUGCGAUCCCUUGGGGAUGUUAUGAACAGUAUGCAAAUGCCACGUGCCAAGUCCGAAUUCAAUCUAACAAUGUCUACCAUCAAUUCGAGCCACCGUGAAAUGUCAACGCCCAUAAAUUGGGAUCAGCGCCCUGUAGUCAAAUCUCUUUAUGCCUACUUGUCAUCUGGGGAAAACCAACUAAGCUUCUUGGAAGGUGAUCGUAUCGCAUUAGUUGGUGAUCGUGCUAAGGGUUGGCAAUUCGGAGAAAAUCUCCGAACGCAGAUGUUUGGAUGGUUCCCGGUAGCGUACACUGGACCUGAAAUAGAACCCGAAAUGGGUGGUGGAUGGGAAUCAAAUAUGCAUCAUAUGGACAUGAAUCAGAUUGAGAGUGCAGCUGAAUCAUCUUUGGAGAGUACUCUGGUAGAUGAACCAACAGGCCAGAAUCGCAAUUCGUACCAUCAUCACCAUCAGAACGAUCCAUCACCAACAAGGAUGUUUGGUGAUACUAUUAUGUACAGGCAAUCUAAACAGUUUCGUGGAAUAUCUGGAGGUGGUCCUAAGCCCGGUCCACCACCUACACUGCCUGCUCCAGUUCCGACUCCUGUUGUCCCACCAUAUGCAAAGGGAUCGUCGGGUACCAACGGUAGCGGCAAUCACUUGACACAGUCGCACAGUUUCUCUUCAUCGGGCGGUACUCCGAUGGGCGAGAAGCACAUGCCCGCGACGGCUAAUUUUAGCAAACAAAAUGGCAGUAAUACAUCUACGGGCGGUAAAAAUAAGCCUACAGUCACCAGUGCUUCUCUGCACAGUAGCAAUGAUAGCGGGUUUGCCAAUGAGCCACCACCGCAACCAGAAGUGGACUAUUCAGACGAAGAAACUGUAACCCGUAUGCCCAUAAGAUCCUCCCGAUCUGAGAAGAGACAAUCAGCCAAUACAACCCUAACACGAUCUAUUAAGAAUCGCUCAAAUACAAACACUCUGGAAAGUACAAAAAGUCGCCAAACACUUAUUCGACAAUCCUCGAGCUAUGGCAAUCUAGCUGAUGAGAACACAAUGGAGUUCCUCUAUGGGACGACCGAUCGCGAUGGGACCAAAUACGUAAAGCGUACUAAAUCUUUCUGGCGCUUUGGGAAACAGCCUGAAGAUAUAAUGGCUGGAAUGGCCAUGUGGCGUCACCGGGAUCUGGUUCAGACAGAACAUGAGAAACGCGAGCAGCGACGCAGAGAAGAGAAUACAAUUAAAAGACGCCCAAAGACGAACGGGGUGAGCAAUGAAAUGAUGAAUGGCGGAAAUACGGAUACUUUGGUAAAGAAUGGACGACCGAGGAAGUCUGAGAUUCCAGUCAUUGACGAUCAUGCUAAAUAUCGCAUCACUAAAUCGGACAUUGAUCAGAGAAUUGGAAAGCAGCGUUCACCAUCGAAUGAGAACAUCUACGGAAAUCAGCAGCAACCACAACCACAGCAACAGCAGCCACAACAACAACCGCAGAAGAAGCCAACAAAGGCUGUUAAGAGUGAAUCUGGGACGAAGAAUAGUCGCAAUGGGAGAUUUGCAUAUUCAGAUAUCGAAGAUGGAGGCCGAGUUGAGCGUCGAAUGCAGAGCUACGAAACACGUCCCGAAGGUUCAUUUAGACGUCGCACAGCUCCAGAGGAUGACUUCAAGAAUGGCGACAUGAAGUACUACGAUGACAUGAUGAUCCCCGAACCGGGCUUCUACGACGACGACAGUGUCAAUGAUGUGGUUAUGAAGACCGUUAAACGGAAGGAAAUCCUAAAGCAGUAUUACUCCAGCGGAACGGACACUGAACGAAACUCAAGCAGCUCCGAUCCUUACGAUUGCAUCGUAGUUGAGGAUCAUCUGGUGAAGCGUGAAAAUGGUAAAUCAGCACGUGGUCGUGGAGAAAAGAUGGAGUUCAGUACCUUUCGCGGUGGAGAUAGUAGGGAUGCAAAGGAUAAGCGAUCUGCCGGUACAGAAGAAGUAACGGCCGGAACUUUAUUGCCGCGUACGAAGCUCGCCAAGCCGGGUCCUAUGAUGCAAACUGUCAUGAAAAUGGACAAAGAUCAGGAACACAAUCGCGACAGCGACGGGGGUAAGAGGCGCAAAGAAAAUAGCUCCAGUUCACCAGAUAAGCGUUCAUCAAAGGCAUAUGGACCGUGGUAUGACCUCUGGAGCAAUGAGCAACCAUUAAGUCAAAAAUAAUAAUUGGAUUUGGGUCACUAAUAUCUCGUCCAUUUUGUAUUUUAUUUUCUUCGUAAAUUUUGCGUUAUGUGCGUUAUGUGUAAAUGAUAAAAUAAAAAUGAAAAAUUAAAGGAAUUUCUUAUAAUAAAAAGUAUCUCAUAUCUCUUUCAAAACUUAAAAAAGAAUUUAAGUAACAAAAAAUUAAAAAAAUAAUCUAAAAAUUUAAAAAUAAAUAUUCCAUUUAGUAAAUAAGAGAAAUUUUUGAUAUAAAGUUGAUUCAUAAAGCCGAUCAAAUGGUGCUCUGUCAAUAAAAUGAUCAUUUACGAGAAAAUGUUCAAUUUUAAUUAAUUGUUUAUAUAGUGAGAGAAUAAGUGCCAAACCCUCUUUUAACAAAAUGUAUUAGAUUUAUGAUGUAAGAAGUUAUCCCUUAGAAAAUACUCCUCUAUCGAAAUUAAGUCUUUUCGCUAUGAAUUUUGUAAAUGAGUGUCGCAUGCUUAAUUCUUUAAUUUUUUCCAACAUCUCUUAUCUCCUGUUUUAUAUUUUACCCCAAUUUUAUUUUUAACUUACCUAAACUCCCAUUGUAAAAUUUUGUUAUUGAAUAUUAAAUAUAUUUAUAUUUUUAUCUCCA